AUGGAGGAGAAUUCUGACUGUUCAUUAACCAAAGCCGUACAGGACAUUAAUCAACAUGGGCACACCCAGAGUGAAGUUUUGAAAGAGAAUGAAAAGUUCCUCGUCAAACUCCAGCAAAUUCUGUCAGAUGUGGAAAAAAGGGGUAAUGAAGCAGAGCUGGAGCUGAAGUCCAAGGUGAGGGAGAGCCUCAUGCUGGAGGAGAACAUGGAGCAACUGGAGCGUCAGACUUACCUGCUGCAGGUUCGCUGCACAUCCAUCAGCGUUGAUAUCACCAACCUGCGGCUUCGUGUAAACGAGGAGGAGGAGAAAGCCUGUACAGCACUGGCAGGCUAUGAAGUUUACCAAAAGAAAAUGGAGGGGCACAGAGCUGCUGUUUUGCAUGCACUGAGGCAGACGGAGGCCCACAAAGAGCUGGAGGAGAAGAAAGCACGGGUCAGGAUAAUGACUCAAAAAAAACAAGAGCUCAUGGAAGAUUUGGAAAAUCCAAAUGGAAACACACUGAGUGUAGAGAAGGGAGAGAUUGACGCUGUGAAAGAGCAGAUUGACAUACUGAAAACUGCUGUUGCUGAAAAGAGGGCAAAACUGCAAGAGGAGUUUGACACUCAGACACAGCUAAAGAAAGACAUAGAGAUCCAGAACAGACGUUAUGAAGCCAUCAUAAAGCGCCUCCACUGCCAGCGGAGUAAAGCCCAAGCUGUGCACAGGCAAAUGUCUGCAGAUAUUUACCACAUGGAGAGACAAAUAACUGAACUCAAGAGGCAGCUGGAGUCAUGGCAGGACUCAGUGGAUAGUGGAAAUUAAAAGUACAGACAUACGUAUAUACACAUAAAAAUGUAUUAUCUCCCCGUUUUGUGGAUGAAAGUUGUUAUUUAUUGAAGUAGUUGCCCAUGACUUAACUGAAGAAUUUAAGCUGUUACUACCAUUGCCCAGUUGAGGGCAGUAGAGUCAAGGAAAUGUCUUUGUGGAACCCAUGACCUUGUAUGUUAUGUAGUUUGAUGAUAUCAGCAUGUUGAAGGUCUGUCAGGAGAGAAACACAAAGUCAUAUUAAAAUAUUUG